UUUGUGAGAAAGGCAGCAUUGUGCUGCACGGCUGGUACGUCUGGCUCUUCCUUGAAGAACGUGUUAGUUAGUUAGCUCACUUAAAUCAAUAUGAUCAGGGCUGAAUAAGCGGUAUAAAUACCACUAUCUAGCUACAUAUCCGAAAGGGUCGUAAGAUUAUAGACAGUAUUUUUUUCUUCGCGUAUUUUAGCUGCCCAGAUAUCGUCUUUCUAGGAAAAUGAGUUACGGUAGGCCUCCGCCCGAUGUUGAGGGCAUGACUUCACUGAAAGUGGACAACCUCACGUAUCGAACCUCACCGGAGACACUGCGGCGUGUUUUCGAGAAGUACGGGCGGGUAGGAGAUGUGUAUAUCCCCCGCGAUCGUUACACAAAAGAGAGCCGUGGGUUCGCCUUCGUGCGGUUCCACGACAAAAGGGACGCGGAAGACGCGAUGGACGCCAUGGACGGAGCCGUGCUGGACGGGCGCGAGUUGCGAGUGCAGAUGGCCCGCUACGGGCGACCUCCAGAUUCGCAUCACGGUCGCAGAGGUGGGCCACCCCGGAGGUAUGGUGGUUAUGGCCGGCGAAGCAGAAGCUACUCCCCCAGCCCGCGGCGCCGGAGACGCAGCAGGUCCAGGAGCAGAAGCCGCUCUCGCUCCCGCAGCCGCUCCCGCUACAGCCGGUCCAGGUCUCGCUCCUACUCCCGCUCCCGGUCUCGCUCCAAGACCCGCACGCCCCGCAGAAGCAAGUCCAAGUCCGCCUCCCGGUCGCGCUCCAGGUCUCGGUCCAAAUCCAAGUCCAAGUCGAAGUCGAAGUCCAAAUCCCGCUCCAGAAGCCGCACGCCGCCCUCCAACAGAGAUUCCAAGUCCAGGUCAAGAUCGAAGAGCCAGCCUAAGUCUUCUGCAGAGGAUGGAGCCGCGUCGUCAUGAGUGAACACUGCUGAUUCCGGUUUGCAAAAGAGGAGUUUGGGGCAGUAUGAGCAGGUAGAGGGGGUGUGACCCGCCCAUGGCCGCCUGGUGCUGUUUGGGGGCGCUAUGGAGCAGGUCGGUCUCUGUCAGUGUUGGGGUGGUGUUGAGGUACGUGUGCAGGAUGGUGGGCAGGUCGUGCACCCAAGCCAUUGGGGGCACAGACCAAAUCGAGAAGGAACCAAAGGUUUGUCUCCCUUUUGUAUAUGCCAGAUAGCUCUGACAAUGCGGUGUGUUCCUGUUCAUAUCAUGGGUCUCUUUAAAUCUGAGAACCCAUACAUUUUGACAUCUGGAAACUAGUUGAACCCAAGUAAGAAUGCACACUAGCUAUAAUUUUUCAGCCAAUCUGGAAAAUGGCACCCAGCCUUUUAUUUUCUGCUCACAAGUUUACAUUGCAAUGCAACAGAAUUGUCUGAGGGGUGUCUCCACUUUCCUCGGGGGUAAGCCUGUAACACCACAAUAUACUAAAUGGUGGUAGAUGUACAUUCAUAUACACAACAGGAAAGACUAGAACUGAAGAGAAUCUUGUUCACAUGCCCGUGUGUCUGACGCUGUCCAUUCUCUUUCAGAUUGAAUGCUUUGAGGACAUCCGGCCAAGACCUCAAAAGUCUGAGGAUCCCACAUCCCAACGCCAUGGUUUCUGACUAAAAAGGCGCAGUUGUGUAGCAGUUGAGUAAUGCUGGUUAGCUGUAAGGUGGCGUGUUGAAGUGCAGAGUGCUGGGCAGUUUCCAGUUUUCUCCUGAUAACUCCUGUGGCCACCGCGCCGUCUGUAAAAAUGGCUGCCACAGGUUUUCCUAUGGUAGAGUGGCGACCUGCUGUUUUUCCUGUCAUCAGAAUUCAUCCAUACCCUUUCCCAGUACAUCGAAGCACAUAGUGAGCACAUCUUGCAAGUUAAUUUGUUAGAUUUUUUUUUUUCCCCUCUUCAGUUAAAUGUUAAACUCUGUUAAACAGAACUGUAUUGUCUUGCUCUUGGUGCAUUCCUUUGCAACCUCAUUCUGUGUUUGGAACCACUUUGUGAAUGCUAAUAAACUUUGUUUUGGUGUAA